CGCCACGGCGCGGUGGGUUUGGUGCGCUCAAUGCGCAGUCAUUCAACAAGCUACACAUGUUUUGCGCCUCUCAGAGGACAGCGUCAAACUAAACCGUGACCGUGCUGAAACAAAACAAAAAAUUAAAAAGGGAUAUAAUGGCUUCUAUUCCACUGGUGCUGCUACUUUUAAUGUCUUUUUUGGCGCUUUACUGGGCAGUUUAUACCGGACCGUUAAAACCGGAAAUGUCCAACGGGACUUUUCAUCAUUUCUUCGUACCGGACGGCGAUUAUGAGGAUAAUGAUGACCCCGAGAAAUGUCAAAUGCUUUUUAAAUUCGCAGACCGGCGUGCGUGUGGUGUCCAUCAAGAUGAAGACAGCGAUUCAAUGGUACGUGACGACUUUAUCAUCGUGAAGCAUCAAAUUGAAGACGCCGCAAGGUUGUUGGAAAGCAUCGGUAUGAGUAUUUCACACGACCUGGACGGAGAAGAUAGCUAUGAGAAGUUUCUCACUGGGGAGAUCACACAGAUCUCUGAGGCUUUUACAAGCGUGGAGAAAUCUCUCCUGGAGUUGGAGGUGAAAUUCAAACAGAGUCAAGACAGCGAUCUGAGAGGGGAGAGCCAGCUCAAUGACUAUGUUCUGAAGCCUAUCUAUGAAGUUAAGGACUCACUGAGGGAGACAACGGACAUUUCAUUGGGACUCAGAGAUAAACAUGAACUGUUGUCUCUCAUUGUUCGCAGUCAAGGAUCAAGAUUGAGUCGCCUCAAAACAGAUUAUCUCAAUGUAUAGUAUAAAUGUUAAAAACAAUUAUUAUUGUUAUUAUCUAUGUAAAGGAAUAUAUGUUACUCAGAGUGUGUGUGUGUGUGUGUGUGUGUGUGUGUGUGUGUGUGUGUGUGUGUGUGUGUGUGUGUGUGUGUGUGUGUGUGUGUGUGUGUGUGUGUGUGUGUGUGUGUGUGUGUCAUAAGACUAUUCAUUGAGGUUGAAAGGAUUAUAUGAUUAAAUUACUCUGUUCCUAGUCUCUUAUCUCGCUCUAUUUCUCUCUCUCUGUCUCUCCCUCUCUCUCUCUCUCUCUAUUUACUUUCCUAAUUGUCUGUGACCCAUGUCUUUCUUCCUGACUUGUAAGGGUGUUAUUUGGAAAUACUUCUAAGGAAAACAUCACUACAUUCCUCAGUAAGAGAGGACAGAUGGGGGAAAAGAGAGGAGAGCACAGGGGAGAGAUGAAAAGUGAUCCUUAGCUAAAUUAUGCCUGUGUUAUGCUGUGCUAAAUGAUCCUAAAUUAUGUCUGGGCUAUGCGGUGCUUAGUUAUCCUAAAUUAUGUAUUGCUUGGCUGUCUGUGCUCCCCUGUCCGCCUCUGUCUAACUUAGCUAUUCAGCCUUACUGUAUAAUGAGGUUUUAUACCAUUUAUGUUAUCCUGGAGUCUUACCAUUGAUUCUACUUCAAUCAUGAAACAGACAAUAUCAGUUUGAAUCCCAGGUUUUUUUUUUUAUGUUACUGCUCAUUUAUUAAUAAAAACCUAACCAUUAAUCUCA